AUGCAGAAGACGCCCAUGAUCAUGGACAAGAACGGGAAGUUUACGCCCUCCACUUACUGCGACCCCCUCACUCAGCCGAAGUAUGAGCAGGAGGAGGACCUUGAUGAAGUGCUCAUUGAGGAGUUGGAAAUGUUGGAGGAUGCGCCCGAGACAGAGAAGAAGCAGUGGAAGAUGCAAGACCUUUGCGACCUACGCUUCGGCAUGGAAGAGUCCACCCUGUCCAUGCUUGUGCAGGUGCCCCUGGAUCCCUCCGCGUGGCGGGAGCUUCAGAGAGAUGACGGUUCCGACGUCUUUGCGUUGGAUGUGCCCUUCGGUGGGCAGCAGGUGAAGUUCUGGUUGAAAAGUGACCCAGAGUCUCCCAUCCUGCCGGAUCCUCCAGUGGUCGCUUUGACAAGUCGCGUGAUGAUUUGA